GGUAAAAAAAAACAUUCACUGAUGCUCAACAGUGUGUGCAGCCUAUACCUUAUGGUUCAGAGUGAAUAUAUCCAAUCAUCAAAUCAAAUUCAAGCAGUCCAGACUGGUGAAGCGGCGAGGCGAUAAGGUGGUCCAGACUCCAGUGGAGGGAGGAGCAACAGCUAUCCAUGCAUCACCCUCAGAGGAACCUGCUAGAAAACUGACAGACCUGAUCAACACUCCCACACAGCUGCACAAAUUGCCCCCAAACCAGUCAGCAGAUGGGCUGGCUGGUGUGAGACCCACAUAACUGACAGAAAAGAUUACAAUCUUAACAAACAAAUGUUCCUGAAAGUAAACACUGCCCAGACUAGCUAGCAUCUCAAUGUGGCCUACCGUAGAAUGGUCUUCAUUGCUAUUUGCAGCUAUUUGACUAUUAUUUGCCUGUUAUUACAUUUAAUUUAGAAGAAUAUGUGUGUCAUAUAUUUGUACUAUAACAAAAGUGAGCCUAGCCAGUGCUAGUUUACCAAGAACACCUAAUUUAAUUACAAAGAUAUCCAAUUUCCUGUGCACAAUAGUGGCAUCAUCAUUUCCUUCCCUGCCUUAUAAUUUCAUACUUUAUGAUAACAAUAUAAGACAAAUAAUAUAACACUUGCAUUGGAACAACUCUUUUUUUCAAACGUAAAGUUAAAACGAUUGACUGACUAUAUAAUUAAAAACAUUGAUUGUAGCCCAUAGCUGACAUUAAAACUCAGUGGGUCAGUAAAUUUAGUCAAAGAAUGCUCAGGUAUGUAUCGCCACCAUGUGGCUACCUUGUAAAGUUAUGCCUUCAUGUAGCGAUCGCCGCAUCUUAAUGACCCGAUUUUCCACAAGAACACAUGAACAUGGCCCUUAAAGAGAAAAACCCUAUGCGCGUUUGGCGUCAGACCAUUUAAUUAAUGUAUUGCUAUAUUCCGAAACGCCAAGUGUAGCCUAUAGACUUUCCAUGUAUUAUAAUAAAUAACGUAAAGAUCAAUAUCAACUGUCCCGUUUUCAUCGCAUUGGUCAAAUCUAGUCUACGUCGUGUGCGCUUUUAGUCUAUCCUGAUUACUCCAGCUGCUCCACUUCGUAUUCCGUUUCUGUUCGCGUGCGGUGUAUACUUGGUGUCAAUGUAACCUACUGUAGGUACAGGAAAAAUCGCCAUUGUAACGUUAUUCAUUUUUUCUCGACUGGAACUAGUACAACGAUACUGCUUUGUUAUGGUUUUUGGAUUUGCCUAAAUUUCAUAUUUAGAUAGGGUGGUUUUAAGGACUACAGAGAUUGUAACAUAUGAAAUAAGACCGACGCAAAGAGGAUGUGGCCCAGAAACCAGGUCGAUGAAAUAUUGGCGCUAUCAUGAGAGGAAAUGGUAUGGACCUUUUAUGGAGAAUCUUAGCGGCUCUGAGCUUCGAUUGUUUUAAGGAUUCGGCGUCUUCACAGAGGUCUCCAGGCAAGCUGAGCUCCAGCCAGGCAGGUAGUCUGGAAAGCAGCUCCCUGACUGGCUCUCUCUCCUUGGGGCCAGACCUGCCUCACUGCCAGUGCUGCAUCUCCUACGAAGCCCGUCUGAAACGCCUGUCCUGUGGCCACCUCUACUGUGACCCCUGCACAGACCAGAUCGUCAACCUGGCCUUCGAGGACAUCGAGGGCCUCUCUGAUUACCCCUGCCCCAUGUGCAAAUCCCUCCGCCAGCUAGGGGACCUGGGCCCCCCCUCUUAUGGGUACCUGGGUACCCCCUCCUUUGGGCCAUGUGGGACCCUGCAGCAGCAGGUGGCUAAAGAGCAUGGGAGCAGCUGGGGGUAAAACUGAGGCAGUUUAUACUGUACAUCAAGGGGUGUGGUUAAAAAACAAAUGCAUGUUGUCCCCUCUCCAGAUGAAAUACUGUAGGAACCAUUUAGACUUUUCAGUUAUGUCUUUAGUGUUUUGAUUUGAAUAUUUUAAUGCACUGCCUUACACUGAGAUUGUGAUCUGGUAAUGUGUGAUGGAUAGUGGCUCAGUGUUUCUUCCUUGUGUAAUAUGGUGGUGGAAGUGAAACUAAUGGAAGUGCAUAACAUUACAGAUAAUGUCCUUUGGUGUGCCAUGACAUACUGUAAAUUGAUAUUACAGGGUGAUUAAGCCAGAGCUAAGUAUUAGAUGUUUGUGUCAGACAGUUCUUUACAUUUAUGUGUAAUGAUUAUUAUUAGUAGACAUUUGGACCUUACUUUAAAAAUAUUAUAUUUUGAGUAUACUUACUGCUUAUGCAUUUUAAUUUAAUUUAAUUGUACAGUGCCAUGCUACUUUUAAAGUGUUCAAUAUCAUAUUGUAAAUAUAUAUUUUGCUAAAAAAAUAAAGUUUGUGAAUUGUA